GCCAUGUUGUUGUAGUUCGGUGGGACUGGACCGUCAUAUCCCAUCGUUACUGUAUGUGUCUGCGAUCAUCACCCCCUCCCGUUUUUGACAUCGGGAAAACAUAAAUAAACCGGAGGGAGCAAACGGUGACUCGCACGAUGAAUUUAAGCUUGGAUCUAUCGCGCAGAAACCCACAGGAGGACUUUGAGCUGAUCCAGAGGAUCGGGAGCGGAACCUAUGGGGAUGUAUACAAGGCUCGUAAUGUCAGCACUGGAGAACUGGCUGCUAUCAAAGUCAUCAAACUGGAGCCAGGGGAAGACUUUGACGUGGUGCAGCAGGAGAUUAUUAUGAUGAAAGACUGUAAACACUCAAACAUUGUUGCAUAUUUUGGCAGUUACCUCAGGAGAGAUAAAUUAUGGAUCAGCAUGGAAUACUGUGGUGGAGGUUCACUCCAGGAUAUUUACCAUGUCACCGGGCCGCUGUCAGAAUCCCAGAUUGCUUAUGUAUGCCGGGAGACCCUGCAGGGUGUUUACUACCUUCACAACAAAGGCAAAAUCCACAGGGAUAUAAAGGGCGCAAAUAUACUGUUAACAGACAACGGCUACGUAAAGCUAGCUGAUUUUGGCGUUUCGGCUCAGAUUUCAGCCACUUUAGCAAAAAGAAAGUCCUUCAUUGGAACUCCGUAUUGGAUGGCACCUGAAGUGGCGGCAGUGGAGCGGAAAGGUGGAUAUAAUCAGCUGUGUGAUAUUUGGGCCGUGGGCAUCACAGCUAUUGAGCUGGCGGAGUUGGAGCCACCAAUGUUCGACUUGCACCCUAUGAGAGCACUCUUUCUAAUGACCAAGAGCAGUUUCCAACCACCUAAGCUAAAAGACAAAGUUAAAUGGACAAAUAAUUUCCAUCACUUUGUGAAAAUGGCUUUGACCAAAAAUCCCAAGAAAAGGCCCACAGCUGACAGAUUACUGCAGCAUCCGUUUGUUACCCAGCCUCUUAGCCGGACUCUCGCCAUUGAGCUACUGGACAAAGCUAAUAACCCUGACCACAGCACACACAGUGAUGCAGAGGAGGAUGACAUCGACCCAGAGUCUCCUGUGUCCGUUCCGCAUCGAAUCCGUUCAACUAGCAGGAGUUCACGAGACGGGAAGACUUUGUCUGAGAUUAACUUUGACAAAGUGAAGUUUGACCCACCUUUGAGGAAAGAGACUGAACCACAUCAUGAGAUGGAUCUGCCAUUAGAGCCCCAAAGCAUUCUAGGAAAUAACAAGAGUCUAUUAAAAUCUGUCGCUGAGGAGCUCAAUCAAAGGGGUCAUGUGACACAUUUAGAGGAUGAGGAGGAGGAUGAAGGUGAUGAUUUGCACUGCAACUCCACGUCAACCAUGAGGCCUAAAGUACCACCUCCUUUGCCACCCAAGCCGAAGGUUCUGUCUCCUGCUCAAAGCAGCUCUGCCUCAGAGGACAAUACUGGAGAAGGGACCAUCAAACGUUGUCCAGCUUCUGCAAGCUCCACCCCCCCUGCUCGUCCCGCUUCCUGUGUUCCCCCCAGACCACCGCCUCCUCGUCUUCCCCCACACAGACGUAGCAGUCUAGGUAAUGGAGUUUCAGCCCCGGAGAAUGGAGAUAAAGAAAAACUGGCCUCUCUCCCCUCAUGUAGUCUACAGCUACCAUUCAGUAAUGGCCUUCCACCAACUCCGAAAGUACACAUGGGAGCUUGUUUCUCUAAAGUGUUUAAUGGCUGUCCACUAAAGAUUCAUUGUGCCUGUUCCUGGAUCAACCCAAACACCAGGGAUCAGUAUCUGAUUUUUGGAGCAGAGGAAGGAAUUUACACUCUUAAUCUGAACGAAAUCCAUGAGAGCACCAUGGAGCAGUUGGUUCCACGGCGGUGCACAUGGGUUUAUGUAAUGAACAACUGGCUGCUUUCUAUAUCAGGUAAAGCAUCUCAGCUGUACUCCUACAACCUGACAGGGCUUUUUGAACAAGCGCGACAGAUGCAGAAAUUACCCGUUGCCAUUCCAACACACAAACUCCCAGACAAAAUCAUCCCACGGAAGUUUACCGUGUCCAAUAAAAUACCAGAAACAAGGGGCUGCCAGAAAUGCUGCGUCGUGCGAAACCCGUACACAGGUCACAAGUACCUCUGUGGAGCUUUUCAGUCGAGCGUAAUGCUUUUUGAAUGGGUGGAAGCCAUGCAGCGCUUCAUGCUCAUAAAGAGCAUAGAGCUCACCCUGCCGUGUCCAUUAGAAGUGUUUGAGAUGUUGGUGGUUCCUGAACAGCAUUAUCCUGUGGUUUGUGUGGCGGUCAGUAAAGGAAGUCUCCCUGAUCAGGUGGUCACUUUUGGCACCGUCGAUCCCAAUGCUGGCAACCCGGCGUUCACGGAACCCGAAACACCUCAGACGUGUGUCAUUCAUGUGACUCAGCUGGAGAGAGACACUGUCCUCGUCUGCCUAGAUCGAUGUAUAAAGUUGGUGAAUUUACAGGGAAGAUUAAAAUCCAACAAGAAGUUGUCAACGGAACUCACUUUUAAUUUCCAGAUUGAGGCAAUAGUGUGUCUGCAGGACAGUGUUUUGGCGUUCUGGAAGCAUGGAAUGCAGGGACGAAGCUUUAAAAACAGUGAGAUUACUCAGGAGAUCUCAGAUAACUCGAGAACCUACAGGCUGCUGGGAGCCGACAGAGUGGUGGUGUUGGAAAGCAAGCCAACUGAAGACCCUACGGCCCAGAGUAAUCUGUACAUCCUCGCAGGUCAUGAGAACAGCUACUGACAACACACUGCCUUAAACACACGCUACGUAAUGCACGCUACAAAGGUCACGUUCCUGAGACUCACACACCUCAUUUUCAUUUAUAAAGCUACUGAACACAACACUACAGAAAAAAAACUGCACAAAGACCGCUGAAAUUAAACACUACGGAUGAAUUUUAAUAACAAUAUCUGUGGUUUGGUAUGAUACCAGCCCCUGGUACCUUGUAUCGAUGCUAAAUCGAUAUUUCAGUACAAGCAAACGUAGGUAGACCGUUUAAUAUGCGUGAUAGAUUCGCAUAGCAUGUAGCGGUGAUUAGCAAAUCUAAUCAUUUAUUACAAAUGCCAAUUAUACAGUGAUACAUUCUUUGCUUUUAAACUACAAAUGCAUUUCAAUACACAAACAUAUUGCAAACUAAGCUAAACGGACACCUUGAUACACCAACUAUCAGAUCUCAUGAUUAAUGUGAGAUAACUAAUGUGAAAACACAGCACUCUUGUACAUCCGUUGUCUAAAAAGGAAUCAAAUAACCAGGCUUUUAUAUCUGGCCUGGUUUACAGGUGAUGUACCAUCUUGGUAGCUUUGUGGCUUUCAGUACUGCAGUAAACAGCUUUAUUUAUGGGUGUCAUGCUAAUACAGUUCACACAGAACACAUUCUUGCUUUUAGGGGUGUUCACACUUUGAAGGUUUGGUUAGAUUAAAACAAACUCGCAGUUUCUCUGAAUUAUUGAAACAGUCUGAUUUGAACUUUGCUUCACACCAAACAAGUGGCCCAAGAACACUGAAAAGGGGGAAGUUGGUCUUCUUCCAAUCAAAUUCUGGGCCGGUUAGACUGAAAUAUGAACACAGCACAGACCAAAGAUAUCUAAACAAACCAUAAACAGGAAUUAUAUCACAAGACGCGACUAUUAAAACUCAAGCAGACUUUUUUUUGUUGUUGUAGUCUUGAUGCUGCCGACUACAGUUCAAAACCGUGUCAGAUUUUCACUUGUUUGUGCAGAAGAGGAAUUCCCAGCGCUGUUUUGACUCCUUUACACACUUUAUAAGAGUUCUGAUAAAUAUACGGUCAUAUAUAUAGACCAUUUUGAGGGAUGUAAACAAAAACAAUGGUGCCAACACAUUUCCAGUUUUACAUCUUUAAUUUCCAUAGCUUCCGAGAAUCCAAAAAGAGCUGCAUAUUGAUAAAUAAUGUUAUGAUAGCUGUUUUAACAUUAAGUUAUGAUUGAAUUUCCUCUUGUUACAGUUAUAAAAUAGUUUGUUAACAAGCAGGAAAUGUUCAUGGGUCAUGCACAACAUUGCAUGAGGGGCGAGUGUUGGACAUUACAAAUUUUAAAUUAGAGUCGCUUAAUUUGCUAAUUAAUUUGUUAUGCUCACUUUAGGUGGUUUUGUACUUGUGCGGAAAAAGUAUUAAUACGAAAAAUGGAAGAUGUAAACAUUAGCAUUUUGCAGAAUAAACGCUGAUACAGCGAACAUUAACGUGACUAAUCAGCUCUUUCCAUUAUGCUUGCAUUGUUUACUGUUGGUUACUCUGUUACCAAUACUACAGUCAGCCACCCUAACAACUUAACGGAAGCACACCUAAUUUGCAUUUGGGAUUUUUUCUUAUUUUGCGAACUAUGAAAAUGGUUUCCUUUAUGUUAGAAUAGCUAUGUUUCCAUCCAAAGAUGAAAUUAAAAUAAUGCGCAAAACUGGAAUAUCGCAUAAAAGACGUGGGAAAAAAGCUUGUUUCCAUCCAACGAGUCAGAGAAGAAAAUCGUCACUUCCUGAUUAACUGGUGCCAAAUGUCAAAAGUAAAAACGUAAUUUACUUUAAAUAAGCACAGAGGCUCUUAACAAUUCUGGAGAUUAUUAAUAACAUAAUAAAACUAAUACUGAACUGGUUAGGCGUUUUAGAAUGACCAAAACAACAUUUCAGAUUUUUCACAAUGUGGUCAGCCUGCUGGUUGGACCAUUCACACACACUUUCACAUAUCCAAAAUGCACAUAAAAAUAGGUGAAUGGAAACAUACUGUAGCUAAUGAAGGACUCAUAAUGAGUAUUAUUUUUAGCAAAAUGAACAUCAUAAAAGCGCGUUUGUUUUGCCUUUUUUCUUGGACACAAUGAGGUUUUAAGUUAAAAAACUAUAUUCAUGAUUAAUGCUGAACACUGAACGCAAGCACCAGUAUUAUUUCUGUUGGAUAAUGGCGUUUGCCUGUGGAUGGGAUGUCAGUCUUGAGAUUGUGCACAAGAAUGUAAACUUACUCUUUUAUAUAGACUGCUUGCUAGGGGUGUAAUGGAUCACGGUUGAUCCGAGAUUCGUAUGGAUCACAGCCCAAGGUUCGAGACACACGAGGCCUGCGGAUUAAAAACUUUUUUAAUUGGUAGAUUAAUCCUAAAUUUGUAACGAUCGCAGAGAGAUCACCUCUCGCAUCAUUCAAAUCAAUGUAUUAAAGAAUUCAGGCUUUCCUGUAAAAUAUUAAUUAAAUAUAAAAAUAUGAAUGUUUUCUGUCACUACAUGUUUAGCCUGCAUCAAUGCAUUCAGUGUAAACUGCACGAUUAAUCAUUAAAACAUCGGGAUCUCAACACCCACGCAACAUAAACUACAAAUGAUGGUGAUUUGCAUAUGUUUAUUAACCUCUGCAUUUAAAUCUGAAAACGCAAAAAUCAAGUAAGAGAUUCAGUCUUAAGUGGUUUGAGUUAGUUAUGAAGUUUCAAACAGACAAAUAACACAGAAGUACAGGGAGAACAGUUUAUAGUUUAGAUAAAACCACUGAUGUUUAUGGUAAAGAUUAAAAUCACCAUCAUAUGCAUUUAACCAUGCUCAAAAAUGAAAGUUGUAGGCAGCAUUUACAUUAUUUAACCAAUAGGUGGCGACAACCAGCCAUCAAAAAUAUGCCACUGAAUAAUUCUUCAAAAAUGACACAUCUAGUAAUGAAACAUGAAGUUUAAUGAGUGUAUAACUUAAUAAUUUAUUGAAAAUGAGACAAAAAAAUGGGUUGUACAAAACCUAAUGUUAGAUUUCUACAUUUAGCAUUAUCAGCAACAGUAGUAGUAACAGUGAAUUUUUCACAGUACUGAAUAUUUUAAAGUUUAUUUUUAUUCAGCUGAUUAUUCCUUCAUUUCAUUAUUAAUAAAGUUACAGGUUCUGUUUGUUAAAACCAAAAAUGUCUUGCAGUACUGUUUUUCGUAAUAAAUGGAAAGCAAAUGAUAUUUGUCUCCUCCCCUUUUUGGUUGAUCCUAAAAUGGUCUGAUCCGUGACUAAAAAACCCACUAUGUGAUCUGAACGGUGAGAUUUGUGAUUCGCUACACUACUACUGCUUGCUGAGGUUGUAGAAUAAAUAUUAUAUUGGAGUAAAUAUAGAUUCCCAGAGCAAGUGUUUUUCUACAUAAGACCUUAAUGUGUUGUUUUAAUAUGUUUUUUGACUCCAGUCAAAUUCCAGUAGCCAUUGACUUGCAUUAAAUAAAUCAGCAAAGACCAUUGUUUCAGCUAAACAUCUUAAAUGACUUGAGGUUGUAAAAAUAAUGUCUUUUAUGACUUUAUACAUGGUGGCAUAUAAGUUUAUGCAGCUGGCAUCAGAAAUAAAUAUAUUAUUUUCUCUUUUUUUGUCCAGACCAAACAAACUAAGAGAACCGAACUAUCAGUGUGAACACACCCUAAAAUGCUUAUAAUUGUUCAUAAAUAUAUAUUAAAAACUAUUUAAAGCUAGCUAUUGAAUACAGAAAUGUGCUUUGUGUGAAUUGUCCGUAAAUCUAACCAGCUCAUGUGUUGUACUAAUUCAUGUGUUUAUCUUCAUUUUUCUCAUUUGGUGGCAUUCAGUAAACCAGUUUUUAUGUCCCAUUAUCUGCACAUUUCCAUAUUAACAGCACAACAACAGACAGUGGAGCUUAAGUGUUCGUAUUGUUUUAUAAAUGUUAAUAAUCACACAGGGCACUUGAAUGAACCUAGGAAGUCUAGACACUUUUAUUCUUUUUAGACUUUUUAACUUGGAAAAAAAACACACUAGGGGGCGCCAUGUUAGUCCUAAAAGAUUUGUUUUGUUAGCACAGCCAGUGAAUUAAGCACUGUAUUAUGAAAUGAAUCUUAAAGUAUAAUCGUUCAUGUCCCCUAAAGCUUAUUAACUGUGGUAAUACAGAUGGUGAUACCAUAUAUAUAUCAUGGUUCUGAAGGGUUACUCUAGUCAAAUACUGUGGUAUAUAAAUGGUACUCUAAGGUGCUUUAAUGGUAGUAAAUCCAUGAUAAUACCACGCUAAGACUGUUUUUGUAACACAAUACUGUAACAGCGUCAUGUUUAGUUCAUCAUCAUGAGCCAAUUAAUAGAAAUGAAGUGUUUUUUAUAUUUAAUUUUGUAUGCAAAAAAGCCAAGUGUCAUGUUUUAGUUCAUUACCAAACACUGUUAGUGAACGUUUGCACAAAUGCGUGUGCUCUUCUCAGCUUGUCGUAUGUGUGUGUGUGUGGGGGAUGUCAAGGGCAUAAUAGACCGAGAAAUUCUAUUUAUUAGGCUUACUGAAAGCUAAUAGAGAUAACAUUAAUGCAGUAUGUGUAAAUAUGAAAGGAGGAAAAGAGCGUUUCUAGAUUGUAGCUGUCUGUGACGCUUUCUAGCCUUUUCAUCAGUUUGUACAAUGUCAUAUCUGAAUACUAACUGUUCCUUUUUGUUUCAAAAUAGCCAAAUCAUGUUUCGUUAGCUGAAUGCGCAGAUUUAGCAUGUCGUCUCUACCUCUAACAUGCAUUUGAAACUUUGCAUAAGAUCAUGCGCUAUUAUAAAGUAAGAAAAACAGUACUUUAAGCAGAGGAUCUCCCUAUAACAGCGGUUUUAAACCCGUGAUCUGGAUUUUUGUAAAGGCCUGAAUGAAAGUGUCUCAGCCUAAUUUCCAGUAAUAUUGCUCCGUUUGAGACAUAAAUGUGAUAUGGGAUGCUUUGAGUGCACAUCCACUCCACAUCCACUACAGCUGCAUUCUCUUGUGUAAUGUGAUGCACAUGUCUUGUAUAUAGUGUAAAAUAAUUUGAGUUUUACAGACUGUAUAAAGCCAAUAUUUUGUUUCAAAUGUGAAACUCUUUUAUGAGAUUUAACACAUUAAACCAAGGUGGGGAAAAACAA